CUCCACCGAUGUCGACAUUCCUUCCGUCGUCAUUUAUCCAUUGGUUUGUUUGUUAUGUCAACCCAUGUGCCUACCACAGUUGAAAUGAGUCGCUCGACGAUCUCCUAUCAGCAGUCGUCUACGUUACUUUCUCUCUUUGCUUUGCUUUACGUAUCACGUGCCUCCGCACCGCCCUGUUGCGGGCAGCUGAGUGUCGACGCUACGCGAGUUUCGCGGUCUUCGAGACGGUUCCUUUGAUCCCCGUUAUCACCGCGAUAGACCGCUUCUCCUCAUCGCGGAGUCGGUUUCGGAUGGGCGCCAAGCUCGAGCGAAGGACUUGUCGACUUCGUUAACUGGAAAGGAGGGGCACACUUGAAGAAACUCGAACCCGCCGCCGAGGGGCAAAAGCAGGAAAAUGUCCUCCGGUACCUAUCAGCGCAUCACGUCCAUCAACGUGGGACCACCGCGGCACGUGGAACCGAGCGAGAGCUCUAGCUCGGACAUGGAGCGUCUCGCCUUGGACUGCCUGUUCUUCCGGCGCUUCCGGAGACUCGCUGGCAUCGUGCUUUCGAAUGUCGCCGCCGUGCUUGUGAUGGUCGUGCUACUCGUCUUGUCCGUCGCGUACGAAGUGAUCGUCUAUCAGGUGGGGCUCACGACAAGCCAGUUCUACGUCGUCCUCGGCAAGAAACACUGGUGGGGUUUCCUAAACCAAACGGCCUUCUGUCUCGGCCUCAUCGCGCUUGUUGCGUGCAUCAAGAGCGCCAAGCAGUACGUGUCGAGCACGGUCACCGUGCAGUGGCGGCAGCUUCUCACCAAGCGUCUCCAGGAGCUGUACUUCUCGCGCAAGGUCCACUACCGCGUCAACGUGGUCGAGACGGCAAUCGACAACCCGGACCAGCGCAUCACGCAAGAUGUGGACCGACUCUGUCAAGUGCUCAGCGACAUCGUUCCCACCCUGCUCAUAUCACCCUUCACGAUAGCCUACUACAGUUACCAGUCUUUCAGCGUCGCGGGGUACAUCGGCCCGCUGGCAGUUUUUGUCUACUUUAUCAUCAGCACGGUUGUGAGCAAGCUUCUCAUCACUCGCGUUGUGCCCAGAGUGUACGAGCUGGAAAAGCAGGAAGGUCGCUUCCGGUACAAGCACACUCAAAUAAGGGCAAACUCGGAGUCGGUUGCCUUCUUAGAUGGCGAAUUCGCGGAGCUGGACUCGACGGAGGAGCACCUGCUUGAACUUGUCAAGGCGCAGCAGUCAGUCUAUAACCGCCAGUUCCCUCUCAACCUCGGUGUAUACUUCACGGACUAUGCAGGCAGCAUCCUGAGUUUCCUCAUCAUAGCAGUGCCCCUCUUCAGUGGCGCGUACGAUGACAUCUCGACGGCCGACCUCAGUGGGAUCAUCAGCAAAAACACCUUCGUGUCCAUGUACCUGAUCAGUUGCUUCAGUAAGUUGGUAGACUUGUCCAGCGGGAUUUCAACGGUGGCUGGCAACACGCACAGGAUCUCUGUUCUGCUGGAGAGGAUGGAAGCCAUCAACGAGGAGGAUGACCUUAUGGAAAAGAUUAAGCAGGCAAAGAAGCCGCACGGUGAUGAUGACACCGACACAGGUGAUGAAGUGGUGCCACAGUUCAUUCUCAAGAACAUGUCCUAUGGAAGUCCAUACGACGACAACAUCUUUGUCGAAGGGCUCACGCUUGAGCUGAGCCCCCCAAAAAGCGUCUUUGUCACCGGACCGAGCAACAGCGGCAAGACGUCCCUGCUGAGGAUACUUAAGGGCCUGUGGUCACCAUCAUCUGGAUCUGUCAUCAGAGAGUUUGGCGGCUCUCUGUUCCUGCCCCAAGUGACAUGGUUUGGGAGCGGCAGCCUCAGGUCCCAGCUCUACUACCCAUACACCCCGCCAAGGACCACACCACAGGAAGAGGGAGAGAUAUGGAGACUCAUCGAGCUGGCUGAUCUGGGACACCUUCUCAAGCGAUCUGGUGGACUUGAUUCUUCCCUGCUGCCCAUGUGGUACGAAUCGCUGUCCCCAGGCGAACGACAGCGGCUAAGCUUCCUGCGCGUCUUGUGCCAGAGGCCCAAGAUGGCACUCCUUGACGAAGCCACCAGUGCGCUCGACGAGGACACUCAGGUGAAGCUCUACCGCGAGUGUCGCAAGCUGGGCAUCGCUACUGUGACAAUCGGUCACCACGCCUGCCUCGAGCCUCUGCAUGACACCACCUUGGAACUUCACGGGGCUGCAAAGGGCGGAACUUGGACGUUGAAAGAAUCAGACCAAGCCAAUCGUGGCGACUCUGCUGCUGUUGAUAACUCACACUCUUGAUGGAAUGUCUUGAGGACUUGUAUAAUUGCGCAGGUGUUGCUCAAGCUGUAACUGCUGCAGUGAUUUGUAUAAGGAUUCCAAUGGGUGUCUUGCUAUGAGCAGUCUCACUCGCCAUUCAAGUGACUCUACUGGAAACUAUCAAGUCAGUCUGGAAUAGUAAGAUGUGCGUCUGAAACACCGAGCAGGUGACCUUUAUUGAGAGCAGAGGAUUAGUGCAAGGAUGGAUGCCGUGUAGUGGAUGGACAAGUACUAUACACACUGUCACAUUGGAGCCCUCAUAAAACAUUCCUUUUACAAGAGAGACAGGACCUUGGCUUAGUGUGGCCAUCUGUUAGUCGUUAGAAAGAUAGAGAUUUCCAAAACAAAUUUUGAUUUUAUCAGAAAGCACGAUAAGAAUAUGAGGUUAAGAAACUUGUGUGCGUAGUGCAGGUUUAGGCUGGCACAGCACGAAUGUAAAUGAAGAAAUCUGAAAGUGCCCCAUUUCCUGUACUGGAAUUACUUGGCCUAAUAACAGCAGAACGACAAAGUUCACUCUGUUUCAGCCUAGCAUCUAUUCGGGGCUUCUUUCACAGAACUGCCUGAACUUGUGAAAGGACCUUCAAAUCUCCCAUUUCCGAGAAAUUGAAUCACCACCAUCACAGUUUUUGUGAAAGGAAAAUGAUGAGAUAUAUUCCACUUACUCUAUUUUUUUUUCUGAUAAGCCGUCCUUUUCACUUAAAUGCUUCAAAAGCUCCAAAAGGUUAAUGUGCUGGCACAACCUGAUAUAGUUCAUUUCUCUAGUGCCCCUUGAAGUGAAAAACUAGUGAAGAUGGGUAGAGGUUUCUGGCUUCUUUGAGUGUUCCACUCAAAUCAAAUAUGAGCAAGCAAAUUAAAAACACCUGUGCUGGAAUAUGGGGCCUUUAACAAAAUUUUCGAAGCUGCUUCCCAAGUGAUGACAUCUCGGGCCAUGUUUCAGUACUCCUAUGGGCACACCAGGCACUCCAAAGCUCCAGAUGCUCAAGUACUCUCAUUUUUUCAUUAUUGGAAGCUUUGGGUUAAUGAAAAUUCCACAGAGGCACCAGUAUAUUAUGGCCCGUAGACAAGGUCUAAUCACAUGCGCAGUGGCUUCAAAACUUCUGAUGAAGACUGUAUAGAUGUCACUACUGUGGCAAGCUUUUGUUCUAAGGUGUUCGGGGAACUGCUUUCUAACCCUUUAACCCACAAAUUAUUUUAAUUAAAAAGUAUACAAAAUUUACCACUAAUUUUUAUUUCUCAGUUUAUUGUGGAUUACAUUUGGAUUUUAAAAAAUAUAUGUGCAGUUUGCCUCUUUAAUGACCUGAAAUAUUAGUGAAAGGCAUCUGACCUGAAACAAAGACUUCUCUCAGCAUACGUGUAAUGUUUGAAUGCCACUAUCUGAACAGACGGUAAUAAAAGAAAUCGAAACCUUUGAAGAAUAUAUAAGUGCUGAAACUCGAAGUGCAUGAUGUGAACUGAGUAGGUGAGCAAGGAUUGCAUCCGGCGAGCAAAAUAGAAGAAGCUGCAGCCUGGACAAGUACAGCUUGGGCUUCGUAGUUAAAGGUUUAUUUGGCAAGAAACUUAACACUCUGAUAGACAGCCUAGCCUAACAGCCACAAGAACAUCACCAAAAGCUCCUGCUCUAUUCAAGAGGAGAUGUGGCAAUGAAAACAUUUUCUUUAAUUGUGGGAAUAAAUCGAUGAAAUUUGGCAUGCAGGUGUAAUUUGUUAUGCUUGUAUCAUAACUGAAAUCAGUUUUGUGCUAUCUGUUAUAGUUUUCGAGUUACAACACUUGACAGCCUCUAAUGAUCGUCCCCAAAUUAGUUGCUUAACUACACAUAUGUUCGCCAAGAUUUUCAUAUCAGCACGUUCACAAAAGUCCAUUCUGUGCAAUAAGGCUAUUGGUUUAUUAUUUAAAUGCCAAAAUAAGCAUAAAUAAUUUUUUGAACUUCCCUAUGCAUAUUGUCUUAGUAAUGACUUUUGCACAAAAAACACUAUAAUUUUUUUUUCUGAGGUGCAGAUAAAAAUGGACAGCUUUAUUGCACUCAUCAAUGUUUCAGGAUCUAAGUGCAAAAAACAGAAUGAAUUUUAAAUGACACUGGGAUGGCUGAAAACAACUGCAUAAAAAAUGAAAGCUGAGAAAACAGGGCGCAAAGUUUCAUUUGUUGUAAACAUUUAAGUAUUUACUUUGAGCACCUCAAACCCGCCUGGGUCCUUUGCCUCCGAGGACACAUUUUCUUUACAUUUUGAUGUAGUUUUUCGCUUCAUUGCAGCAGUUUCGUGCACCUUAGUUGUCUUUUUGAUGUGUCCUGCAGAGGUAGAUGACAGCGCAUUCAGAACGUCUGCUUUUGUAUCCUCUCGUUACGCAGUCUGUUCAUUAGUGAAAGUUGGAGCUGAAAUCUGCAGCGGAAUGUACGACUCGAAAACUUGUGCUCUCGCCGACGUCACGUUGCUGUCAUGACCACACGCGGACACGCCGUCACCACAGCCCACGGUCACGUUGUCACUAUAGCCCAUGGGUGCAUCGUCAGCACUGCAUGCAGACGCGUUUUCCUGGUCACCCAUUUGUGCUGGUCGUGCCUCGUCGACAAGAUCGGCAGCAUCCGCUUCUACGAUUAGUUUUUUUUCCCUCCGUUCCACGCCUUUCGUGGUCUUCCGUAUGCGUGGGCCAUUCAGAACUUGCUUCCUUUGGGACUCACGUGAAUUCAGCUGCCAUGAUCGUGAAUCACAUUGAUUGGGACGCGUAGCUCGCUGCUGCGCAAAUGCGCGUGAGAGAGGUUCAUCAGCAAUUCAAAUCUACAACAGCCAAUAGGAGCAUGUACGGUGACUACAGUGACUAACAGUGUCCAAGUGACUACAGUGCCCAAUCGCAAUGCCGAAUUUGCCUUUCUUUUGCUUGUGUUUGCUGGUUUAUUUUUCGGUGGAGGAAUAAGUUGCUGUGGCAAUCUUGAGCUCUGGUCUCUCCUCUUUAUGAUGAUGCCAAGGGGGGGGCACUGUGUCAACGGAUAGCCGAGUGAUCCGUGGUGCGACGGCGCCUUCUGAAGCUUUAUUUUAUUCGCAAUAUUUGAUAACAGCACUCUAGAAAAGUGCUGUUCUCUCAAUUUCUAAGGUGUAUUUUGUUAUAAUAUUUCACCACAAGGUAAAUGAAGGUCCGAGGAUUGCGAAAAAAUAAAUUGGAAAAAUGAAAAUUUUGACAAUUUGACCACUUCAAUUGCCACAUCGCCCUGUUCACCAGGAAGGGUUGCUCUGUUCUCCAAGCCAUUGUUCUCUUUCCCAUACGUGCACUGCUGAUUAAGGCAAGCAAUCAGCAGAUCAAGCUCAGAUCCUUGCACUCCUGACUAUGGGCUACUAUUGAAUGCAGCUUACUUCAAUGCAGGGUUUUGUGAUAGGUAGCACUUCGUUGGCUUGUUUCUGCAAAUUGUGCUCUUGUGAUUUUUUGACAUGGAUUCUACUUGUUGUACUUGAGGUGUAGCCCAGUUAGUGAAUUGUACCAAUCUCUUUGUAAUCCUUUUUUUUUGUUUAACAUCCAGCAGUUGCCGCGGGAACUUGAUCUCUUGAAACUUGUGCAUACCACAUAGUCACCAUUUCUCUCUCCGAUCAUUUCGUAUGCUGCCGACUAUAAUUUGUACUCGUCUCAUAGGUGUGCGUCAGACUGUUUGCACCAUACAUCAUUAAAGGUGUCAAGUUUUCCUGUUGGGAGUGUUACCAAUGCCAAAGAAGUCUCGUGGCCUGUGAUAAAGUGGAGGCUCGAUUAAUGCACGGCCUGCUCGCAGUUAAAUUUGGCAGUCAAGAACAAUGAGUUCAUUUCGCAUUACUGGGUUGUUUUUAAACAGACAAUGAGAGAAACGUUAAGCUAGAUUAGCAGAUUUCUGGACUACAAAACAGGGCAGUCUUGCCACAAGUAAGUCAGAUGCUUGGUAAGCAAAGAAACAUGUAGAAAUGCAACAUGGUUGGUGACACCGCCUUGAAGUCCUCACGACAGCUGUGUCGUUGCUGAUUUGGACAGCAUCUAGGCAGGGCUAUAAGAGCCCAUGGGUUAGAAAAUAUCCCAAGACAAGGUGACAACGUAUGUGAAAGUUAAUAUCAUAAUGUGAUCAAAUCAGAUGAAAAAGUGAAACCUGGGACGUUUUGCAGACGUUGACGCUGUGGUUAGAGUUCGGAAUUAAUUGUCACCUUUAUUUUCUCUUCCAGUAAUCAUUAUUUUUGUGUUAGAAACGGGAACAGAAGUUUAAAAAGCUGUUGCCACUCUGAAUUGUUGUAGUCUUUCUCUCAGUGGCCCAUUAGAGUGGCGCAGCUUAGGCAAAAGGAAAUGCAUAUUAGAAAUCUUGAAUUCAUUGCUACGUUUACUUAAUUCUAAGCAAAUAUCUGAAAAUCAGGAGGUCCGAAUAUACGAAUGAAGGUAUCUCCAAUGUAAGCCAAUUGGAAUAUGAACUAAGCUGAAGCAUUGUAGCUCCUUGCCUAAACCACGCUAGUCCAUCUUUUAAGUGAUUGUGUAUGACGCUCAAAAGGUUACUCUUGUGAUGUGAGGUCGCUUGCCAUCAUUAUUACCAUUAAGUCAUUGUCAUUCUGUUGCUUGUUGUGCUUUCCUCCGUUUUGUCUGUGCCUUUUGAAGCUCAUAACUUUUUAUAAGUUUGUGAGGUCAGCUUAAGGCAUGUUGGUAUGUGCCUGCCGUACAGUUCAUUGCCAUUUUUCAGCCAAUGCCUGGUUAUUAUGAUGGCAUCAAACAAGUUUAGCAGGUGCAUACAUUUAGUCAGUGUUUUAGUGUGGUUAGGUAGCUGUGACCCUUGAACAGAUUCUGAAAGGCAGCUUGAGUGCUUACACCUUACUUUGUAGAACUUUCAAACCUCAUCAUCAAUUCUAAGCCAACCUGCCAAGCUUGUGGGCUUAACAUUUCUCAGAAAAGUUUAGUAGCUUAGGUUUGAGUAAGCACGGUAUUGUUUACAGUAUUGAUUAAUGUAACAUAUAAAGCAGUCCACUUUACUUUGGCGGCUACCAUUGGUAACAUUUUAAUAUCCGAGCCGCAAGAAUGCUUACCAAAGUCACGUGAAGCAUUUUUAGCAUUCACCAGGUAUCUGCAUAACACAUGCAUGGUACGGCAGCAUUAUUCAUACUUAGUUUUCUCAUAUUUCAUUUGCAUAGCACAUUGACCUCUAUGUUCCCAUUUACAUUUAGUCAAGGUAUGCUUGCCCACUUUGAAGUUUUUCGAGAGAGUAUAUAUGUACUGCAAGCAGAAAUCUUUCUUUUGUUUGACGUGAAUAUUUCAGCACUUUUUGCAUUCCGUACUAUUGUGUGUAACAUGUUCACUUGUAUGUGUUAGCAACUGCCUUUUCUGUUUUGUGUACAAAGCCAAGUGUACAUUCACUAACUAUUCACUAACUAUGGCCAAUGAGUAUCGUUUCUGUUUAAUCUAAAAUAGUGCACUUCUAGCCACAGAAAUAUCCCUCCCCAGUCAGAAAAGUUCAGCAGUCCAUUUUGUUUAAUUCUAAAGAAAAUGUAACUGAUCCUAUUUGGUCAGAAUUGUUUCCAAUCUGUUGGAAUUGUGUUUUGAGAUGGAUUAUUUGGGCCCAUCAAACUCGUGAGACUGUAUUUAGCGUUCUUUCUCUGUGCACUUAAUCUUGUAUUAAUAACAACCAUAUAAAGCCGACAACGAUGAUCCCAGGAUUAGCACUAACAAUGUCAUAAGUUUAUGUGAUAGAAAAACUUUCACGUUUCAAAUUGAGCUAUUUCAAUAAGUGAAGAUUUUUGGGUAAUGUCACUGCCUACAUUCAAUUUCUUAGAACUUAUAUGUAAGCACUUCAAAACUGCAGAGGACCAAGUAUGCAGUAUGAUGCUUUAUGCAUGCUCCAAGCAUUUUUGCACUGUUGUGCGACUCUGCACCUACUGAUUUCUUGAAAAGCACUCGUAGAAUGUUAACCUUUUAGCCAGCCCAUUAUACUUGGCAAUGUAUUGCCGAAACCUCCUUAAAAUUAUUGAUCUUUGAGCCAGGACAAGCUUACCUUGUUCAUCUGAUGAAUUGGUGAGCGCAAACAAGCUAGCCGUGUCCAGUUAUCAAAGUGUUAAUUCAAGGACAUCCUGCAUUUACUAUUGAAGCUCUCUCUUUCUAUAAGGUAUGCCACUUGAUUGUAUAAACUUCUUAGUCUUUUACUCGUGCACAUGGUCUACAGGUUGUUCUCCGGUCUGACCAGUAGGCCAGCUUAGCACAGUUCUGUAAACCUAUGUUUAUUGUUCCCUAAACAUCAUUUAAAAGAUAGUAAUAGAGAUCUUUACAAGGCAUACUUGUUGUACAGACAUUCUGUUCUUUAUUGCAUUCCACUUACUAGAUUUAUUUCAGCACCUGCCUGAUGAUUUUAUUCUGUAUGUGUUAUUGUCAGUUUUAAAAGACAUCAAUGAACAUGGCUGUGGUGCAUGGUAACCCUUAGAUAUACAGGACUUCCCAUAAGGCAAACAUAAACAGGCCUUGGAAAUUUGUUCGUCUUGUCAGAAAUUCCACUUUAAAAAGCACAUUUGAUUUAUCAGAAACUAAAUGAAGCUCCUUAAACUGUAAGGCUUUAGCAGAACGUUUUUUUAAAGAACAGCAAAAGUAAUAUUUAGCUGUGUGUAUCUGCAGAUUAGACUUCUAUAAUAUAAAGACAGCCACUAUUGCAUGCAAGCAGGCUUGGUGAGGCAGAAAAGGCACAAAAAUAAAAAACCAGGUGGGCGUCAUUUCCCUGAAGUUCAUGCAUCUCUUCGCUGUGGUGUCAUGGAUUUUGACAUUGUCCACACGAAUACCGUAUGCACUCGUGUAAUGGUCACACCCAUGUAAAAACCGCGCCCAGAACAUCAUAAAAAAAAUUUCUCAAAAUGUAUAUUUAAAAAUUACCCUUGCAUAAGCCAUACCUUUGGUUUUUGAGAAUGUCGGCAGGGUUAUCUGUUGUGUGGCACGAGAAUUACGAUGCUUUUUUUUUUCAAUCGGUGGCAAAGCGAGGCAGCUAUGCUGAGUUUUCAGCGCCUCCAGAUAGCAACAGCACAGCCUUCGAGAUUAGUAGUUGCGUCUGAGACACUGCCAUUGCUGGUCUGUGGGGCAUCACCAAUUUAUUCCAUCCGGCAGGUGACGUGCUAUGGGAAUAGCCAAGAAUAGCCAAAGCCAGUACAAUCAAGUUACUGUAGUUCAGUAAAGACAGGUACCUCUGAAAAUAUUAGCAAAAAGAAUGUUGUGUAUUUUUCUCAGUGUAAUAGCCGCACCCCUAACUUCACCCCAAAUCUUGGGGGAGAAAGACCUACGGCCAUUACACAAGUAUACAUGGUACAACUGGUUGUCAGCAAAGGGCUACAUUGUAUUCUAAAUUAAUGAAAACUCAGACUAGCAAGUUUCGAUAACUUGUGUCACAACAGUCCAAAUAUGAAAAACAACGCGCCUUGAAAUUCAUGACAUCACACUGCCUUCCCAGUGCCGAGUUUUGAAAUAAUGUUUUACCAAUGUAAAUUGAUUAAGCAUUGGUCUUUGUGCAAUAAAGUGAGUCUUCUGCAUUACUGUUCCACGUAGCACUCCUAGACAGGGACAGGAAUAUAAAAUAUUAAAAUUAACUUUUAAAUGUAGGAAGUCCCAGCAGGUGAGGGAGUGUGUGCUAUGUAAGAAAUCAACCAUAGCCAUGUCAUGAUUCACCUUUGCAUUUCUCUUGGGGGAAAAUGAACUUAAGUUCUGUCAUCUCAAAUAACAGUUUGCUUGAAUGCACACAUACGCUUUGUAAAACUGUGAAUUCUAUGGGCAGUGACUUCAUGGACAACCUAUCCUAGCACUUGAAGCUGAACCAUAGAAUGUCCCUGGUUGGUGCUACCCAAUCUGUCAGCAACGUGGGAUUCCAUCGUCUUUACAACGAACACAGUUUUAUGAAUGUGUGCAUUCGCUGGUGUCCCUUGCAAUUUAAGGAUGCGGAGAACAGUCUUUCUAGUCAACAAAAUUGUUGUGUUAGUCUUAUUGGUGCUUCAGCUUUCAUUUUGCGUGAAACAAGUACGAAAGACAGGACCAAUACAAUUAGCUUUGGUGUGCAUUGUCCUGGGGCUCUAUUCGGGGUUGAUCACUUUCAGUGAGUGCUGGUUGGCUAAGCCAAUGAAAGGAAAAAUGACCAUCACUCCAGUGAGGUGCUGUGCGAAAUGCCACGUAUCACCACAAAUGAUUGAUCUUGAAUACAGCCCUGGCCUUGUCUCCAAUGUGUACAUCAUGCCAAAUCAAGAACAGUUCCUCAAGAUCAAAUGCUAUCACAAAGUACCAAAUUCUAGUAUAGAGAGGCAUUGUACUUUGUUUUUUGUACAUUGUAUUUAAAACCACACACGCUUCAGAACAAAUGUUUGGGCUAGACCAGGUGGCUGUCUGCAAAGCAAAAAUCCAAUGCAGUCAUUCAUUCUAUGAUAUCAAUAGAAUGCUGCAAUGUUAGUGGUUGUGAAAGACAACACUGUAGCGAACAGUUGCUUUUUGUUGUUUCUAUGCUUUAAAAGCUAAUGCAAGUCACCUUGUAAUUCUGUCUUACCAGUGUUUUACAUUCCAUUUACGUGUCACGGAUUUCGGUCUAAAUUUUUUCUGUGCCAGAUUCCAAGAACAAAACUGUCUGGCAUAAACUGCUGCGAAAACCUUCAUACAGCCCAUGUGAUGCACUGUCUGUCGUUUCUGAUUUAGUUGGCAGGAACCUGCUUUAAUUGUUUGGCAUUGCCUUUUGUUUGAGAUAGGUUUACUGUAGCCUGCCACCAGCAGAAAAACAUAACACAACCUGAAAGAAAGGGAACACCUCUUAUGCAUCAUUAUUACGGUGUGUAAUUUGUAUUGCUAUAUAGGUGGUCGGUGAACAUGAUAUUGUCUCAAAAUUCAGCAGCAAAAUCAUGGUUGUAUGUCACAAACAGAGAAACUUGAGAUGCAAAUAUUUAAAUUAGCCUUGACUUGUGCAUGUAUAGCUUGUGUUUCAAUUUGUGCAGAUGGUGCAAGUCAAUAAUGAACAGAGUAAAACGUUAUUGUACCCUGUAUAUCGAAUGUACCAGGCUGAAAGAACUUAAUGUAAACCUAAAAUUACAGAGUUUCUUUAGAUUGUUUUAAUGGUGGACAUUCCUGCUGCUUGAAGUAGACGGCCACUCUACUGUCUAAUGUAUUGUGGCCCUUGUCAUUGUAGCGCACUGACUUGCUUCACAGUCUAUUAGCUAUGUAGAAAGUAUAUUUUACAAGGUGCCACGAGUGCUGUACUAUAAACAUGUGCUAUUUUAUGUAUGGCAUGCACUGUACUUUAUUUGCUGCUUGUUUUUUAUCGCAUGGACAUUGUGGUGAUGUUCUACGUCUAGUCUGUGCAUUGCAUGACAUUCAGUCAUUUCUUUAACUCUCCGGUACUAGUUAUUACCAGAGUUUCUUUAACUCUCCAGUACUAGUUAUUACCGGUACUCUCCGGUACUAGUACAUAUGUUAUUGUGUCAUUUAGCUACUGGUUUGUCAGGGUUUUACCUAUGCUGCUGUUGUUUAGUAUCUGCCAUCUGCUGUGAAAAUGCCUGUUCAUUUGCAUGUAACAAUAUUUGCGAAUGGCAGUCCUAAGUCACCUGGGAAACACCUGGUGUGCCCACGAGACAUGUUAAGUGAGAUGCAGCAAACUGUAUACAAAAUAGAGGGAACAAUCAUAUAUUUGCACUGCCUUCGUCUUUGGAAUUUUGAAAUAUAGGUGUUUUUCAUUUCUUGC